CUCGGGCCGGAAGAUGGCGGCGGCCGCCGAGUUGACGCUGCUGGAGAAGUCUCUGGGGCUGAGUAAGGGGAAUAAAUACAGCGCUCAGGGCGACAGGCAGAUUCCUGUUCUUCAAACAAACAAUGGUCCAAGUCUAACAGGAUUGACUACUAUAGCAUCUCAUCUAGUCAAGCAAGCCAACAAAGAAUAUUUGCUGGGGAGUACUGCAGAAGAAAAAGCAAUCGUUCAGCAAUGGUUAGAGUACAGGGUCACUCGAGUAGACAGACACUCCCAUAAAGAUGACAUCCACGCUCUGUUGAAGGAUCUUAAUUCAUAUCUUGAAGAUAAAGUCUACCUUACAGGAUAUAACUUUACCUUAGCUGAUAUCCUAUUGUACUAUGGACUUCAUCGAUUUGUAGUUGACCUGACAGUUCAAGAAAAGGAGAAAUAUCUUAAUGUGUCUCGCUGGUUUUGUCACAUUCAGCAUUAUCCAGGCAUCAGGCAACAUCUGUCUAGUGUUGUCUUCAUCAAGAACAGACUAUAUACUAAUUCCCACUAGAAGCAUUCCAUGCCGUACAGAAGAGUGAAUAAAAAUGUUGUAAAUGGAAAGCGUAUUCUGGAUCACAGGACUAACGUAAAUUGAUAUGCGGUCACUCUUUAUUUGUUGAAAUUGAUAGAAUUUUUGAAGUGUAAAAUUGUGUCUGAAUGUUUUAGUUGUUCUUUAGUUGAAGUCGUGCAGUUUUUCCCUAAAAAUUCAACUGCUAUCAAAACAAGCUGAGGUCAAGUUAUAAGUUACUAUGUUUUUAUAGAUGAAAUUUAUUUUAAUAAAAGUUGCACAUCAGUGGCUUAAUCUUAAAAAAAAAAAUAGGUAGUCCUUUCAGUGGUUGACAUAUUUGGCUAUUUAUUAACCUCUCUUUCAUAUUUUAAAAUUCAUUUUCCCCUUAUGGAUAUUGAUGGUAGUUUGUUUAUUAAGAACUAUGAUAAAUUGUGCCAAGGAUACAGAAAGGGAACACAGAUGGAUUUGUUUUCAAAUAUUUAUGUGAGCUAGUAAAUGUGGUUGACAAAAUCA